AUGCUAGAAAACAAGGAUAGCACAGACCUCUCAUCUGCUAGCUCCGUGCAGCUGAGUCUAUCUGCAUACAUGUCGAUCAGCUCAUCCAGGCGGUCUUCUUACGACCGGCGGAAACAGCUCUUCACCCCAGCCACCUCUAUGUCCCAGCUCUCGCUUGGUGCACGGUCAGCAAAUAACCCCGGAUCCGAAAUUACUUACGGCUCUAGGAAUUUGGCCCGUGAGCACAAAUCAAAUUUCCUCCAUAGCUACCAGCCUACUUUUGAGCCCUAUUACGACCCACACCUGCUGCGCAAAAAGACUCUCGACUACCUGAAAGCUAAACUCCCUCACUUGUCGCCGCAACAAUUCGAUUUUUUGGUGGCAGAACAGGUGCCUCUUCAAGUGUCUCCUCCUUACGAAAAAAUGUGCGUGGCAUUAUCCUCGGGAAAGGAUGCUAAAAAGGUUUCUUCUCCCCGUGUGCCAGCUGAGUUGAGCACUACCUCGCUGGCGACGUUCCAGUUUAAAUACUUCUCAUACCUGUUGAAUACUGAGCUGCAAAGAUUCACCAGAUCACUCUAA